AUGAUAACUUUCCGUUUUUACGCAAGUGGUAGUUUCCUUCAAGUGAUUGGUGAUACGAUGGGGGUGGACAAAAGUACAGUUUCAUGUGUCAUAGUCGAUGUGACUGAUGCCUUGGUUAAAAGAAAGAACGAAUUCAUAAAAUGGCCAACACAAGAGUGCUACAUACGUCAGGUUCAAGAUGGAUUUUUCGCCCUUGGUGGUUUUCCGAGUUUCCUAGGUUGCAUUGAUGGUACGCACAUACGUAUUCAGGCACCGACCACAGACGAACCAGCUUACGUUAAUCAGAAACGAUACCACAGUAUCAACGUACAGGCAGUGUGUGACCACGAAGGUAAAUUUACGAAUGUGUGUGCUAAAUGGCCGGGAUCAACUCAUGAUAGCCACAUAUUUAGAACCUCCACUUUGUGUGAACACUUAGAGAUAUCGCACACUUCAGUAUUAGAUGGCUUUCUAUUGGGAGACAGUGGAUAUCCUUGCAGACCUUUCCUCCAAACCCCAUACACGACUCCAUAAGGCACUGCUCAGCAGAGAUGCAAUGACAGCUUGUGUGCUACAAGAGGUACAACAGAAAGAACAUUUGGUCGAUGGAAAAGACGGUUUCAUGUACUUCGUUCUGAGCCUUAA